GAGCCGGACCCAGAGGUAGAGCAGUUUAUAGAUGACACCUGCGGCCGCCAGGUGAGGAAGAUAGAUGAAAGGUCCAGGCCUCAGGAAGCCGGCCGCGGAAGCCAGGCCAAGAAGCCAAAUCUUUGCCCGAACUUAACAUGGCCACCAUUGCUCAAGCUGGCCACAGAGGCGGGCACUUCCCGCCCGGAGAAAAGAUGGCCGCCGCAGGCCACUCGUGGAGGGCGGGGCAAGAAGACCGGAUAGAUUACGGUUCCGCCUCAUUCUCGCGGGACGCUGACCCGGGGCUUUCUCAUUGGUGGCUUCUCGUGGCGAGCCUCAAUUGGUCCACAUCAGGCAGGGGGGAUUCCUCCGACCAAUAGAAACGCGCAGUGUGAAAGGUGGGCGGGGCCUCGGCGUUGCAGUCAAGUAGCCCGGGGAACGGCCGGCGCGCGGGCCGGUGGGCGGAGGCUCAGACUCCGCCGCAGUUCUCGGUGGGUCGCCGGGCUGCCCUCCCGCCAUGCACCUGCUGCUUGCAGCCGGGUUCGGGCUGCUACUGCUGCUGCUGCCGCCACCCGCGGCCUCCAAGAAGCCGACACAGUGCCAGAGGUGCCGGACGCUGGUGGACAAGUUCAACCAGGGGAUGGCCAACACGGCCAGGAAGAAUUUCGGAGGCGGCAACACGGCGUGGGAAGAGAAGACUCUGUCGAAGUAUGAAUUCAGUGAGAUCCGGCUUCUGGAGAUCAUGGAGGGUCUGUGUGACAGCAGUGACUUUGAGUGCAACCAACUCUUGGAGCAGCAGGAAGAGCAGCUCGAGGCCUGGUGGCAGUCCCUGAAGAAGGAUUACCCCAACUUAUUUGAGUGGUUCUGUGUACGCACACUGAAAGCAUGCUGUCUUCCAGGCACCUACGGGCCAGACUGUAAAGAAUGCCAGGGUGGGUCCGAGAGGCCUUGUAGCGGCAACGGCUACUGCAGCGGCGAUGGCAGCAGGCAGGGCGACGGGUCCUGCCAGUGUCACGCGGGCUACAAGGGACCACUGUGUAUUGACUGCAUGGAUGGCUACUUCAGUUUGCAGAGGAACGAGACCCACAGCAUCUGCUUGGCCUGUGAUGAGUCUUGCAAGACAUGCUCAGGUCCAAGCAACAAAGACUGUGUCCAGUGUGAAGUGGGCUGGGCACGAGUGGAAGACGCCUGCGUGGAUGUAGAUGAGUGUGCGGCAGAGACACCUCCCUGCAGUGAGGCACAGUACUGUGAGAAUGUCAACGGAUCGUACAUCUGUGAAGAAUGUGAUUCUACCUGUGUGGGCUGUACAGGAAAAGGCCCAGCCAAUUGUAAAGAAUGCAUCGCUGGCUACACCAAGCAGAGUGGACAGUGUGCAGACAUAGAUGAAUGCUCACUAGAAGAAAAAGCCUGUAAGAGAAGAAACGAAAACUGCUACAAUGUUCCAGGGAGCUUUGUGUGCGUGUGUCCGGAUGGCUUUGAGGAGACAGAAGACGCUUGUGUGCAGACAGCACAAAGCGAAGUCACAGAGGAAAACCCCACACAGCCACUCUCCCAUGAGGAUUUGUGAUAGACAUCUGGAUUCAGAAGCCAGACUCACCCUUUAAGUUAUUGAGAGGAUAUAUAUAGAAAAUGUGGCCCAUGGACAUCAACCCCAUUUCUCCAGGAAGACCUCAGAGGGAGAAGCUGCCUACUCUGAAAAAGCUGAUACUCACUUGGCCCUUUAAAAAGCUGCAUUUCUUGGUGGUUCAUAAGCAGAUUUGUAUAUUUUGAUACUGUUCUUUAUAAUAAAAUUGAUCAUUGAAGGUCACCAGGAA